GGGGUACUAGGGGUUUCUCUGGGACCUGUGGGCUGCUCUGUGGUCUUCCAGGAUGUUUGGCUUGCAGGUGGACUGUGGCUUGCUGCUGGAGCCCCUGGGCUUCAUCAAGGUCCUCGAGUGGAUUUUUUCCAUCUUUGUUUUUUCAACAUGUGGAGGCUUUCAUGGUGAAACUACCCUUUUAGUUACCUGCAAGGGUGUGGUGAACAAAACAGUUACAGCUGUGUUUGCUUAUCCAUUCAGGUUGAAUACUGUUCGAUUUAGUGCACCAGAUUCUAAUCACUGUGGUGGUACUUGGACUGACAUCUAUCUUGUAGGCAACUUCUCCUCUUCUGCACAGUUCUUUGUUACGCUUGCAGCACUGGCUUUCCUCUACUGCAUUGCUGCCCUGGUAGUAUAUGUUGGAUAUAAACAUGUGUAUCAGCACAAUAGCAAGUUUCCACUAACUGACUUGGUUGUAACUAUUAUAACGACCUUUCUGUGGCUGGUCAGUACUUCUGCUUGGGCAAAGGCACUUGCUGAUAUCAAAAUAUCUACGGGGGCUGGCAUUAUUCCACUAAUUGACUCUUGCAAAGCUCCAGAAACAACUUGUCAUUUUGGCUCUGUGACCAGCAUGAGAUCUCUGAAUGUGUCCGUGGUAUUUGGUUUACUUAAUAUGGUUUUGUGGGGAGGAAAUAUCUGGUUUGUGUACAAGGACACCAACUUGCACAGCCGAUUAAUCAGAGGUUCUCAAGUUCCAGGGACAUAUUCAGCUCAAAGAAUAUAAGAACAAGAUUAUACUUUGAAGUACUUCUACUUUUACAUCAGACUGCCAAGAACAUGGAGCCAUUAGGAUUUAUUUCAGUAAUAACUGAUGUUACAGACUUCUGUUUCAUGCAAAGUAUUACCUUGAUGUAGUCUUCAAUAUUUCAACUGAAUUGUUAUCUUGAAAUAUAUUAUGCCUUAACAAAAAGGCUGUACAACUCUGUGCAGUAUUUUUAAGAGAAAAUGUUGAGGUCACCUAAAUGCUGGCACCUUGGUGGGGGGGUUCUUAUGUUAACCUCAUAGGAGGGAUGAGGAACGAGCACCUCUGUUUGGGUUUUAACUGCAGCCUAUUUAGUUCUAACAAGCCUUUACUGGAAAAAAAUGAAAUGCAAAUACAACCAGGGCAUGUGAAAUCACAAUGAAAAUGUAGUUCAUCUUCUUGGUAAGAUUGAUACCGUGCAAAAGCCAUCUGCAUAAAGCCUGGAGCUCUGUCAGGAUUGCAGACAUCACACCUAGAUUUGCAGGUACUCCAUUCAGAUUACAGCAUCAAAUCUGCCAACAGGUCUUUCUUGGAGGACAUUAAUUUCUAUUUAAUAUGUCUGAAGAUGCUAAACAGUAACAACAAUCUUCAGACAAUAAAACUGUGUGACAUUUCAGUAUAAGUUCACUCAUCAAAGGUGCAUGUGCACUAAGUAACCUACUGUCUCAGACUAUGCUCACAUAUUGUGGACUCCAAAGCUGAUAUAUUCCAAUGGCUAAUAUCAGAGUUUCUAUUCCUUCCUCUGAAGGAUAUGCACAGUCCUUGAAUGUGGAAGGGUUGGACUAGAGCUGUCAGGAUAUAAGGAAGUCUUCAUUGACACUGCUCAGCUCACUUGUAUUUACUGAGAGCAAUAUUUGAUGGUUCCUGUGGACAUCUAUGUGAAGAUACCUGACUCUGAAUUGCCUAGAAAGAGUGUGUUUUGUCUAACAAGCUCUUGUUUAAUCUUUGAUUUCUUUAAGCUAUGUCAUGAAAACAAGCAUAUGCGUGCCACUGUAUAUGAUGCAAACUUAACUGUUGAAUGUGCAAGAGCUGUAUUUCUGAUAGUAAACUUCUAAGUAUAAUAAAGUUAGUGUGGCUGCUGAAAACAGAAUGUGCUUUGAGUCCUUACUGCUGUAAUAGGUGCAGACACAUUGGGAUGUGGCUUUAGCUACUUCUGACCUUGCUAGCUGAAUGAGUUAACUGUACUGUAGAAGAGCUGUUAGACUAAUGUCUUGAAUUGGAUUUUGGUGGGUGAUUUCUGUUUGUUUGGCUUGGUGUGUCUGUUUUAUUUUUCUCCUUUUCUGGGUGGAGGCUUUUUUCCUCUUUGAGAGGACCAUCUCUUACUUGAGCAGAUUACAACUGCCUGGUGCCGUGCAGCACUUCUGUCAGCCUGUAGAAUGGGGCCUUUUAUUACCCCUAACUGUCCAAAGUUCAAUUUGAAUUAUAUUUUAGAAGCAUUAUGAAAUGCAGUGUUCAUGUGGCCUUUUUAGCAGACAUUCUGUUUCUUCCCAGUUUGAGGAUAAGGGUUCUGAAAGCUAUGGGCAUCUUACUGUUUCCUGCUUAACAAUACCAUCUCUAUUACUGAUAAAAUAAGACUGGCUUGCCUAUUUAUGAUCGCUCAUGAACCAAGUACUGUAUCACCUUACAGAGGCUUAUUUUGAGGGAAUGUGGGAGAAAAGUAGUACUGAACUCCAGUCCACACAUUAGGAGUAUGAUAUGCAGAAUCAUAAUGUGGUCUCCUUGAGACCUUCUCCAUACAUCUUGCUUCCACUAGCUCUAGGAAGCUGUUUGCUGCACCUCCUAGUAGGCAAGGUGCAGGGUGGGAGAAGUGAGAUGUUAAACAGGCUACUCCUGUUACAGGUUUGUUCAGGGCUUGGUGUGGGGUUUGUUGUGACUGUGGAUUUUUUUGGUAGCAACGGUGAUUUGUUGUAUCUUAGUCUGCUUUGUUUAUAUAACUGGUGUUAGCUGAACACCUGGUCAAUGGCAGCUCUGUGGGUAUUCUUUAGGACCACCCAGUAUAAAUUGCUCUGCAGAUGCUUUCCUCUGAAGGACUGAUAAAACUGCCAAUACGUUUUGCUUUUGGCAGUGCUGUUGGUCUUUGUAUUCAAAAAUCUUCAGGCAGUCAGUGGUUGGUUUUAAUGUAGUACUUGACUGAACCAUCCCCACAGCCUUGCCUGGGUAUCUCGUCUGUGUCAAUUGCCAGGAUGUGUAUGCUGUUAGUAGUCUUAGGUUCUUGGCACUUCCUUUGCAUCAAGCCUUCAGAAAAUGACUCCUGGCUGGGUUAGGUUUGUCAUUUCAGUAGUCUUAAUUGGGUCUUGAAGCUUCACUGGCAUUACUAAUGUCAAGCGCUGAGCCUCAUCUUGCCUUUCAUCUCUGCUACCAGCUGGGUCGUGCCCAGCAGAAUUGCACUGGGCUAUAAAUAGUGUGAAUCUUGUUGAAAGGCUGUAAUUACAAUGCUUAGGCGUUAGCUAAUGCAGGGCAUGAAGCUUUUAUCAAGAUUUAAAGUACUGGGCCAGACAGUUAAUUAUAAAUAUAAGGAGGCAUUAUUUUUAAGUGGUCUUGCACUAACUGUUCUCCUGUCUUCCAGGAACACAUGCCAAAAACAACCUCUGCGGUGUCCUUUCUGACCUCUUCUCUUGUAUCAGUUCCAUGCCCCAAGUACUAACUUCAAACCUUAAAUUCUUACUUCUCCUUGAAGAGAUUCCUUUAAUCAAGGACUGCUCUGAGAGUUAUCACCAAUGGCUGCUUUUGUAACAGCAUGUUUAUAUUGUGUGUACAGAUGGGAAGAGAGAAAAAGUGUUGGUUAAAAAAGGAGGGGAAAAUAAUAAAAAUAACUUUGCUGCUCA